CUUCAAGAUGGUAAGGGGCCUGCGUUGCGCCAAGCACAGCAACCACAUCAUGCGAUAACAACGAGGUUUCAGGCUCGGUUUCUUUGACUCAAAGCUCUGCUCCUCGAUGACCCUCUACACUCGUCUGGAGUCGCACUGCCAACGGAAAUGACGAGCUUCGUUGUCGGUGCAAAGGGGCAUUCUUUGAUCUGGCGGCAAAUCGAUUUCGGUUCGGGGGAUGAUCGGCUCUGUCGAUUCCAUCGACAGCCGUCCAAUGGCAACCUCAAGACGGGUGGCCCGGAGAACGGCUCUUCCGGACUGGAGUGUGUGCUCCGUCGUCCUCCUGCUGCAUGAGGGUCCCGAACAGAAACUCGCCGUGCAUUCCACUCAUUCAUUGCUCCCAUUCACCGAUCGCCAUCUGCUGUACGGCCCGAAAUAGACCUUGGUGAUCCGAACCGAUAUCGACAUGACCAAGGGCAAGAUUGCUGCCCAGUGCUGUCACUCAACCCUGGCCAACUACAAGUCUGCCCUGCGGUCUGAUCCGAAGUCGUUGAGAGCCUGGGAAGAACGUGGCCAGGCCAAAGUCACGCUCAAGUGCAAUUCCGAGUCCGAGAUGAUCGAGCUCCAAAGGCAUGCCAGGGCCCUGAAACUCGUCGCCAACAUCACUCGGGACGCUGGCAAGACCCAAAUUGCGGCUGGCACGCAGACCGUGCUUGCCAUUGGACCUGGCCCGGCAAGCGUUGUAGACAAAGUAACGGGCCAUCUGAAGCUCUAUUAGUCACGAUCGGACGCACCGAGGCGGCCCAAGUGGGCUCAGCACCCUUACGGCGGACAUGCAUGAGAAAGCCCGUGUGCACCACGACAACAUUCAGUUGAUUCUCCUCCUUCUCCCACUCUUUCUACUUCGCAACGAUGAACACGAACGGAGAUGCGUUCACAAACG